GGGAAAUGCUUUUUCGUUUUCGUGUCCGCACCGAAAAAAGGUAACACAUUUAAAAUUAAAAAAAUAAAUAAGAAAACACUAUGUUCUAAAAAUGAAAAAGCAUUUCUGCAAAUGCAUUUUAAAGUGAAUUAUGGUACCGAUUGUGUUCCUUAUGUUCGCCAGAUAUAUAAGAAACUAUUUAGAGUUUAAGUUCAAAUCAGGAGUUGCUUUACCGAUUGGAGCCACUAGAGUUCAGCAUUUAGUCAGUACGUUGAUAAAACAGGUGACUGUUCCUAAACAGGAGAUUUUUCCAAAGACAUUUUUUUCCAGCUGCAUUUGAGAUGCACAUGUUUCAGUCCAUCUCAACAACUUAGAUACGUGUCCUAAUUGUUAUUUAUAUAGUAUAACAGCUACAAUUUAUGAUUGCUUACGAAACUAUUAGCAAUAAAGAUUUUGUCAGGAAAGACUGUGGUUCCAAACAACACACCAACUACAUUUCCUUUUAUGCAACAUGAAGAAGUUCGUAAUGAUGUCACAUUUGUUGUUGUGCUCUCUGAAACCACAGCUUUCACACCAGUAAGAUAAAAGCCCCGCUGUAUUUCACACAUUAUGAAACAUUUCCUGCAGCGGUUGAGAAUAUAUUUAGCCAUAUUAGAGAUAAGAGCUGCAGAAUGCCUACUGUUCAGCGUUAUAUCCAGAGGUUCUACAAACACAUACAAUGUGCUUAUUGUUGCCAUUUAUUUUAAGAAAUAUAUUGUAGGUUUUUAUAUAACUGGGCCUAGUGACAUGAACGAACAUACCUUAUUUUUUUACAUUAAACAUUAGACCAUUCUAAUAAUAUACAGCUUCAUAUAUUUUGUUUUUUUUAUUUUAAACAUGGGCAGAAACAGCUCUAGUGUGUUGCUAAAUAUAUACAUUUUUGACUGUAACACAACACUGUCUGCCUCCAUUUAUGCUUUGUUAGAAUAUGAUGAAUAUUGUGUAUUUAAGGACUUUUUUUAUUACAAUUGUUAACUGAAGAACUCGUGACCUCCCCAACUCUCCCCCUGCUGACCCUCUUAGGUUUGUGGACCUAUGUCUUUAAAGCAGCACCUUUUAUUUUUCCCCUGUGGGCAUGAUGUUGUUAUGACCAGAACAGCCAGUAAUGUGAUGUUUAUCAGCUGCACGCUCUGUUUUGUUAAACUUAAAAAAAAAUCACAUCAUGUUACUGGAACAUAACAAAAUCGGUUCCUAUGUGGACCUCAUUUAACGGACAUUGAAAAAGAAUAAGCUUCAGCUUUAACAAGAAUGUUUUGUUUUGUUUAUCCACUGCUGCUGCGUUACACGAACUUCCUACAUUUCCCAGAAGGCAGUGCGUCACGCUGAACCCCGCCUUUUCCUCCCUCCAACUUUUGUCUGCUCGACUUUCUGUUGUUGCAGUGAUUUGAUUGCUCGGUCUCUGCAAUGUAAUUUCUCCCGGACACACCUCGCCGUGCGACACCACCGACUGUCCUCUUCAUCUUCGCCCACCCCAAAAAGCGUUCAACACAACUGCCUGGUGUCAACGUCGCAGUCCGGGGUUGGAGUGUGGACGAUGUCCGCUGGCGUCUCCGGGCCAGAGUCGGCGUAGGAGGAUAUUUUCCCACGGAGCCUGGUCGGGAGAAGUCAACUUUUUUUUUUCUUCCCGUUGUCAUUUACAACCAGCGGACAACGUCGAGGCCAACUGGAGUUGCCUCUCUGUGUGGAGCUGGCACAGUCGCAGUGAGCCGAGAGAAAGGCGAUGCGUGUCGUGCCAGGCCAAGACGAGGACGGAUGUAAGAUGUCUCUAAGCUAAGAGUGGCGCUCACGUUAGUUGGGACGAAGCUAGGUCUUGAAAAAAAACAUGAUUUAGUUCGUUCACAAACGUCGGUGGUUUAAACAUCACUUGGAAUCGUUUGUGUGAUAUUUAUCAAACGCACCCGUCACACUGCUGCAACCGAGACGGGCGGUGCUUAUCGGAUACCGCUGUUCAAACGAGAUGCUAAAAAAGCGUUGACUUCGUCAUACAACAACAAAUUGUUAAACUAUAACGCUGUACAUAAACCACAGGAUGCCAGAAGCCAAAUGCACAGUCCUGAUUGGCUGACUUAAAAAAAAAGGCAGAAGAGAUUGGCGUGAUUCCGCAUAGUGAGAAGCUAAUGUUUACCGACUACUACUGAAUAACAAAUCAGCCAGGUAACAAGUUUAUAAUGCUGGGUUUGGAUCACACAUGACAACCCACUAUUUUAGCACAUAAAGGAAACAAAAAGGAGUGAUAACUUGACAAUUAACGCCAUCAACACAACAACAACAGCAGCGGCGGCGGCGGCUUUUGUUUACCAUGGAGGGGAAUGUACAACCACAGAGAAGCAACCCUUUAUCCCGGGAGCUGACACGGACAUUCAGCAGCUACAACAAAUACUCCACUCAGCUGAAGAAGAACCUGAAAGAAACCAAUGUUUUUUUCCGGGAAAUACGACAGAACUACAGCAAUAGCUGCGCCUCAACCAUCAGCUCUGACGCUGCUUCUUUGGAGGCAGGACAGCUGAGCUGCAUCGCCUUCCCCAGCCACGAGGAAGAAUUCUUACGCAAAACCGUGGGUGCUGCCCCCUACAUAGUGAUACUGGGACAGGACUGUGCUGCCCGCUACCAACUGCUCAACUGCCUUCUGGGGGAACGGCUGCUGCCGCUGGGCCCUGAGGCCGGGGAGGCCUGUGAAGGAGUCCAAGGCACUGUUUGCAAGAGGCGGAAGUUGUGCUUCACUCACGGCAGACAGACACGGCUCAGUUUGGCUUUGCCCGGCCAGUAUGAACUAGUACACCAGCUGGCCGCUAACUGCGGUCGCUGGGAUACGGUGCCCAUAGAAGACCUGGAGAUCCAUGAGGAGUGUGAAGACCCAGCACACAGGCUGGCAGAGCUGGAGAUCACCCUACAUCACCCACUGCUACAGGUAGACACAACAAUACACAUCCAAUCAGUUAUCAAUACAAUCAAGAUUCAAAUAAAUGAUGCCUUAUACUGGCAAGGAUAUUUUGUAUAUUUUUUUUGUAUUCUUUCACAUGUAUAUGCUAUUACUGCACUACACUGUAUACAGCUAACACCUUCAGGACUUCCAUCUCAACGACCUCUGUUUCCUGAAUUUGCAGACAUCAUAGUAACAUCCAACGGUGAACCGGUCACAUCGAAGGAAAUCAAAUCCUGCAUCCACCAGAUCCAGGAGCUGAUAGUGGUCCGUCUGAACCAGGCCGUGGCCAACAAGCUGAUCAGUUCUGUGGACUACCUGAGGGAGAGCUUCGUUGGAACCCUGGAGCGGUGCCUGACCAGCCUGGAGAAGUCCACCGCCGACUCUUACUCUCACAACGUCACCUCUGAUCACCUGAAACAGUUGUUAAACGCGGCCUAUCACGUGGAGGUCACCUUUCACUCAGGAUCUUCUGUCACACGACUCGUGUGGGAGCAAAUCAAACAGAUCAUCCACAGGAUAACAUUUGUCAACCCUCCCGCCAUCAGUCCUGAGUGGAAGCGGAAAGUUGCCCAGGAUGCCAUCGAAAGCCUGAGUGCCGCCAAACUGGCCCGAAGCAUCUGCUCCCAGUUCAGGACUCGUCUGAACAGCUCGCACGAGGCUUUCGCAGCAUCUCUACGCCAGCUGGAGGAAGGUCACACUGGGCGUCUGGAGCGAACCGAGGACCUGUGGCUGCGUGUGAGGAAGGACCACGCCCCUCGUUUGGCCCGUCUUUCCCUUGAAAGCCGCUCCCUGAGGGACGUGCUGCUGCACGGGAAACCAAAGAUGGGCCGAGAGUUGGGUCGAGGACAGUAUGGAGUGGUGUAUCUGUGCGACAGCUGGGGGGGGCACUACCCAUGUGCACUGAAGUCCGUGGUCCCCCCUGAUGAUAAACACUGGAACGACCUGGCACUGGAGUUUCACUACACACGAACACUACCCAAACAUGAGCGACUCGUCGAUCUGCACGGAUCAGUGAUAGAUCACACAUACGGCGACGGCUCCAGCAUCGCUGUGCUCCUCAUCAUGGAGCGUCUGCACAGAGAUCUGUACACGGGCUUGAAGGGUGGUUUAUCCCUCAAGGACAGACUCCAGAUUGCUCUGGACGUGGUGGAGGGGAUUCGCUUCCUCCACGGUCAGGGUCUACUCCACAGAGACAUUAAGUUGAAAAACGUUCUGUUGGACAAACAGAACCGGGCCAAGAUCACUGACCUUGGUUUCUGUAAACCAGAGGCCAUGAUGUCUGGUAGCAUCGUUGGAACUCCAAUCCACAUGGCUCCAGAGCUAUUUACAGGUACCAGCAACACAGUGACACACACAUUGUUAGACCAACUUGCGGGUGUAGUAUAGUAACAUUAGACCAACUCCUUGAGAAAUAUCUGACGACAAAUAAUAAAAAAAAUUGUUCAUUAUUUACUUG